AUGUCUAAUCACCCACAAUCCUAAUAACCACAACAAUAACCUCAAGCUGCUUAACCCUUAGCAAGAACAGCUGCUCCAACAUACCCAAAUGCAGUGUUACCCCCAGCAUAUCCAAAUGCCUACUUGCCACCAACAUAUUAUCCAGCUUCUCCAGUUAGACAAUCUUAUGUGGCUCCAGUUUAAUAUGCACCAGUGGCCCAAGUGCCUGUUGCUCCUAUUGCCUCUGUUCCAGUUUAGCAAUAUGCUGUUGCACCAGUUGCUCCAGUUGCUUAACACUAAUCAAUCAAAGGGGAAUCCAGAAUCGAAUAUGUACCAUACUAAAAGGCUGUCAUUGAAUAUGAAGAAUAAGAAGUAGUCUCCUAUGUUCCAAGAGAAACCAGAGUGACUGAUUACUAUGCUGUUGAAUAUCAAACAGAAUACAUCCCCUAAGUUUUCCAAGAGAAAUUUACCGAGUAUGUACCUGUCGAUAGAUACUAAGAAAGAGUUGAAUACUAUCCAGUAGAGAGAUAAGUUGUUCACUAAUAACCAACACAAUAUGUGCAAUAAGCAGUUUCUGUAGUUUAACAACCAUAUGUCUAACAAUCUGUUCAAUAUGUUCCACAACCAGUCCAAUAUGUUCAACAACAACCAGUCCAAUAUGUUCAAUAACCUUUGAUUGCAUCAAGAAUGGCUCCAUAAUUCGCUUAGCCCCUUCAAUAAUAUCCUCCUGCUCCUGUAGCUAGACAUCAACAACCAUCUUAACAACCACCCUAAUCCCAUUAACCAUCCCAUCAACCAUCCCAUUAGCCAUCCCAUCAACCAUAACAAAUUCAAUCUCAGUAACCAAGAUCACAACCAAGCCAAUAGUAAUAAUCAUAAUAACCAUGAUAUAUCAUUAUUAAAUAUUAAAAUACAUUUUGAAUACCUGC